UAAAUUAUUGUCGUUUAUUAUGGUUUUUUUUUUUGAGAAAUUUUCGUUUAUUAUGGUUAGUUCUUGUCGUUUUAUUGAUUAUAAGUUUUUUAAAGUUUAGGUCGUUUCGUCGUCUUAUUGAUUAUUCUCUUUUUUUAUGUUUAUGUCGUUUUUAUUUAUCAUUGUCGUUUGAGUUUUUCCCAAAUCCAAAUUCUUUUUCGCUGCUUUCCUCUAAUCUAUUAUGUCGUUUCCUCCCUUUUAAACAACUCUGUGUUGUCGUUUUACUCUACCAAUAAAAUAUUCUCUCUUUUAGCCAACUACUCAUUGUCGUUUUCCAAAACAACAUCGGUCAUUUUCAUGCCGUUUUCUCACACUGAACUCAGUUUCACGAUUUUGUCCACACUAACAAAUAAUUAACUAGUUGACACGUGUCACUAUCUUACUUUUUCCUAACGGAGAACAACAAAUCAAAUUCCGGCACGUGUCUUUCCCACUCUCUCAGUACGGACAUAAUUACAUUUUAGCCCCUGGAAAUGAGGACAUCGUGUGGAUCGCAUGUCACCACAAAUUGGUAAAAUAGCAAAAAAAUAAAAAAAAAUAAAUAAAUAAUUGAAUUAUUAUUUAAUAAAUAAAAAAUAAAUUAAAAAAAAAAGGAGAGAAGAGAAAAACUCCAUAGCUAACGAUUCUUCGAGCUCAAUCUUCAAGCUCAUGGAUUUGUAGUAUCUCAGCUAAUCGAAGAAGAUGAAUUCGAUGUGAAUUCUUCAAAAACCCUAACACAACACUAUGGAAACUCUUCCGUACUCGAUCGGCGUUGGCAAGUACUACAACAACAACAACUCCCUAUUACUGAGUCGUAAAGGGAGAAACCGAGUCAACUCGUCCAAACCUAUCGUAUUCCGACAAGCACUGUGUUUUUCCUCUAUACGAUUCAAGAAUUUUCCUUCUUCUAAGCUCAAUUUUUCUAAUCUUCGUUGCUCUGUCGUUGCCGCGGAUCACCAUCAUCACGAGGAAGAUCGUGAUCAUGACCUUAACCAUCAUCAUCACCACCAUUGCGGCGAUUGCGGCGGUGGUAGUUCUGAGCUGACGGAAGCUCAGAAAGCGGUUAUUAGAUUCGCUAAGGCUGUGAAAUGGACUGACCUGGCUAAUUUCUUGAGGGAACACUUGUAUAUGUGUUGCGGUUCUACAGGUUUGCUUCUUGCAGCUGCUGUGUGUCCUCACUUGCUUCCCAAGACGGUUGUGAAGCCUUUGCAGAAUGCUUUCAUUCUCGUUGCUUUUCCUCUCGUUGGGGUCUCUGCAGCACUUGAUGCUCUUAUCGACCUUAGCGGUGGAAAAGUUAACAUCCAUGUAUUAAUGGCUCUAGCGGCCUUUGCUUCAGUAUUUAUGGGGAAUGCCUUAGAAGGAGGGUUACUUCUUGCAAUGUUUAAUUUGGCUCAUAUUGCUGAAGAGUACUUCACUAGCCGUUCAAUGAUCGAUGUUAAAGAGUUGAAGGAAAAUCAUCCCGAAUUUGCUCUGGUGCUUGAUAUGACUGAAGAUAGACUUCCUAACACAGCCGAUUUGGCCUACAAAAGGGUUCCUGUACAUAAUGUAGAAGUGGGAUCUUAUGUUUUGGUUGGAGCUGGUGAGUCUGUGCCUGUAGAUUGUGAAGUUUUUCAAGGCAAUGCAACCAUUACUAUCGAACACUUGACUGGUGAAGUCAAACCUUUAGAGAUUAAAGUUGGUGACAGGAUUCCUGGUGGAGCUAGAAAUUUGGAUGGUAGGAUAAUUGUAAAGGCUACAAAAACAUGGAAUGAUUCAACACUCAACAAGAUAGUGCAAUUGACUGAAGAAGCACGCUUGAAUAAACCAAAGCUUCAAAGAUGGCUUGACCAAUUUGGUGAGCAAUACAGCAAGGUUGUUGUAGUCUUGUCUGUAGCUAUUGCUCUCAUCGGUCCAUUUCUUUUCAAGUGGCCAUUCUUUGGAACAUCAGCUUGUAGAGGAUCGGUGUAUAGAGCAUUGGGUCUCAUGGUGGCAGCAUCACCGUGUGCUUUAGCUGUAGCUCCGUUGGCAUAUGCUACUGCAAUUAGUUCCUGUGCAAAGAAGGGGAUAUUAUUGAAAGGCGGGCAUGUGCUAGAUGCUCUAUCUUCGUGUCACACCGUUGCAUUUGACAAAACCGGGACGUUGACAACAGGGAAGCUAGCGUUCAAAGCAAUCGAACCAAUUUAUGGACAUCAGGCUGGAAACAGUAACUCAAAUUUUACAAACUGCUGUAUCCCGAACUGUGAGAAAGAAGCUCUUGCAGUUGCGGCUGCCAUGGAGAAGGGUACCACUCAUCCUAUUGGAAGAGCUGUGGUAGACCAUAGUGUUGGGAAAGACCUUCCUUCUGUCUCGGUUGAGAGCUUUGAGUACUUUCCUGGAAGAGGUCUCAUUGCUACACUUAAUAGCCUUGAGUUAUUACAGCCAGAAAGGGGAGAUUGUAAAUUGUUGAAAGCAUCACUUGGCUCUGUAGACUUUAUUACAUCACGUUGUAAAUCUGAAGGUGAUUCAAUAAAGAUCAAGGACGCUGUGAGUGCAUCAUCAUAUGGAAGCGAAUUUGUUCGUGCUGCACUUUCAGUCAAUGAAAAGGUCACUCUAAUUCACCUUGAAGAUAGACCUCGGCCUGGAGUUGUAGACGUUAUAACAGAACUACAAGAGCAAGGAAAGCUUCGUGUGAUGAUGUUAACUGGUGACCACAAAUCAAGUGCAUGGAGAGUUGCAAAUGCUGUGGGCAUCAGUGAAGUUUAUUGCAGCCUAAAGCCAGAAGACAAGCUUAGUCAUGUGAAGGAAAUUUCAAGAGAUACGGCUAAGUCAUCUGGGGGUGGUUUAAUAAUGGUUGGCGAAGGAAUUAACGAUGCCCCAGCACUUGCUGCUGCCACUAUAGGAAUCGUCCUAGCCCAGCGUGCUAGUGCAACUGCUAUAGCCGUUGCUGAUGUGCUAUUGUUACGGGACAAUAUUUCUGGCGUACCAUUCUGUAUAGCCAAAUCUAGGCAAACAACUUCACUGGUUAAACAAAAUGUGGCCCUUGCUUUAUCUUGUAUCGUCAUGGCCGCGCUUCCAUCAGUUAUGGGAUUUCUUCCACUUUGGUUAACGGUACUUUUACACGAAGGUGGUACUCUACUAGUGUGCCUCAACUCAAUAAGAGCUCUAAAUGACCCCACAUGGUCUUGGAGGCAGGAUUUUUGGUAUUUGCUCCAUGAACUCAAAUCUAGGCUCAACCUUUUAAAACAACAACAACAACAACAACAACCUAAUAUCCAACCUGUUGUUCCUCCUCAACUAUUAUGACUAGGGUAGUAGUACACUACUUAUUGGUUUUAGCCCUUUUAUUUAUUUUGUUGUAAAAUUCUUUUUUAAUCUAUUAUACAAAAGGAAAAAAAAAAAAGGAAAGCCAAUAAAAAAGGGCUAGAAUCCCCAUACAAAGUAUUGUUUUUUAAUAAAUCUAAUCAAUCCAUUCUCUAA